AAAAGCAAGCAAGCAAGAAGAUGAAUCUUUCAUAUUCCUAUUUGCUUCUUUCUUCUCAACUUCUACUAUUGAUGUGUGACCCUGGGAUAUAUGCUGUCAAGGAUUUGAGGCAAAAACAAUGGGAUGUUUAUGAUGCCACAGGAGAUGAUGUGAAAGAGUUUCCUCAACUUGUCAAAGAGCUCCAAGAUUCAUAUUCUAAUGUUGCUGCUUGGAGAUCUUCUGUCGACCAAAAUCCCGAAUUACCUUCUCAACUUAUUAAGGAGCUCGAAGAUAAAUUCUCUAAUGUUGCUGCUUGGAGAUCUUCUGUAGACCAAAACCCCGAAUUAUCUUCUCAACUUAUUAAGGAGCUCGAAGAUAAAUAUUCCAAUGUUGCUGCUUGGAGAUCUUUACCCAAAAUAAAUCCCGACUUAUCUUCUAAACUUGUCCAAGAGCUCGAAGAUAAAUACUCUAAUGUUGCUGCUUGGAGAUCUUCCGUUGACCAAAAUCCCGAAUUAUCUUCUCAGAUUGUUAAGGAGCUCGAAGAUAAAUAUUCUAAUGUUGCUGCCUGGAGAUCUUCUGCCGAAAUAAAUCCCAACUUAUCUUCUCAAUUUGUUAAGGAGCUCGAAGAUAAAUAUUCCAAUGUUGCUGCUUGGAGAUCUUCUGCAGAUAAAAAUCCCGAAUUAGCUUCUCAACUUACCAAAGAGCUCAAAGAUAAAUAUUCUAGUGUUGUUGCUUAGAGAUCUUCUGCCGACCAAAAUCCCGAGAUAUCUUCUCAACUUGUUAAGGAACUCGAAGAUAAAUAUUCUAGUGUUUCUGUCUCGAAAUCUUAAAAAAAAGUUAUGAAUAAUAUUAUCAACGUGUUAAGGAAUCGAAACUAAAUAUUCCAUAAUUAGGAACGUGUAGGGUGGCACAAAUCUACUCACUUGUCGUGGAGUUUGAGAAGAGGGUUUGACAAA